AUGGCAAAUUUCAAAUACUUAUAUCUAUCCUUUUUUCUUUUUUCUCUUUACAUAUCUAUUAACAGCGGUGUUUACAAAGUAAUUUGUAAUGGCGAUCAUAUUUCUACUUAUGACAAUAGUGGAAUAUUCGGUGAAUUGGCGCUGCUCUACAAUGUUCCAAGAGCCGCAUCCAUACAGGCUGUAACAGAAGGCCUACUGUGGGCUAUGGAUCGUCAAACGUUCCGUCGCAUUCUAUUGAAAUCCGCUUUUAAAAAGCGAAAAAUGUACGAAACACUUUUGGAUAGCGUACCGAUGUUGAAAGCGUUGAAGUCCUAUGAGCGCAUGAACUUGGCUGAUGCCCUAGUUUCCAAACACUUCUCUAACUCUGACAGAAUCAUCAAACAAGGUGAUGCCGCCGACGGUAUGUACUUCAUUGAGGAUGGUAAUGUUGUUGUGAAAAUGGAUCAGGACGGCAAGGAAAUUGAAAUCUCCCGACUGGGCAAAGGUCAAUAUUUUGGAGAGUUGGCUUUGGUUACACACCGACCACGUGCUGCUUCCGUUUAUGCCGAUGGAGAAGUUAAAGUUGCAUGUAAGUUAAAAAUAAAUUUCAAAAGGUUUUGUGGUUACAUAAGUACGUAUGUACUAUGUACCUCUGAACGAGAAUUUAAAUUAGUUAAUUAAUAUUUUUUUCAUUAC